AUGGCUUUCUUUUUCAACCGCGGCCGGUCACGACAACCCGCUGAGGUCGUCCGUUCGACAAAGGACUUAUUACUGAGGAUCCAUGACUCCCAAAAUGCCCCUAAGGCCAAAGAAGAGCUAGCUAAGCAGCUCAGUCAUAUGAAGGUGAUGGUACAAGGAACACAGGAGGUUGGCGCAUUGCCGGAUCAAGUACAUGCACUUGUCCAAGCAACCCUUCAAGAGGAUCUGCUCUAUGAUCUAUCUCAAAGCAUCCAUUUGCUCCCGUUCGAGGCCCGAAAAGACACCCAGACCAUAUUCUCCCAUAUCCUUCGAUUCCGACCUGUAGGAUAUCCAAGCGAUAAAGAACCCCCCGUUAUCUCGUACCUCGUCCAUAAUCGAUCAGAGGUCAUUGUCGAGUUAUGCCGAGGGUACAUGCAAAGUCAGAGUGCAAUGCCAUGUGGUGUCAUUCUCCGGGAAGCUUUGAAAUCCGACGUGAUUGCGGCGAUUGUUCUUUACGAUCAAUCCAGCGAAGGGGAACCCACCAUACGACUGUCAGAGGUGAAGCACCUUCUGCCGCAAAAGGGAGACGGUGUGUUCUGGAGGUUCUUUGAUUGGAUCGACAAAAGCAACUUCGAAAUCAGCGCAGACGCUUUCACCACAUUCAGGGAGAUCUUGACCCGUCACAAGGCCAUCGUGUGCUCAUACCUACAAACCAAUUUCGAACUAUUCUUUGGCCGGUUCAAUAACAUAUUGAUCCAAUCAGACUCAUAUGUGACUAAGCGCCAAAGUAUCAAGCUUCUUGGGGAGAUCCUUUUAGACCGUGCAAACUACACUGUGAUGAUGAGAUAUGUGGACAGCGGAGAGAACCUAAAACUCUGCAUGAAGCUGUUACGGGACGAUCGCAAGAUGGUACAAUAUGAAGGGUUCCAUGUGUUCAAGGUGUUUGUGGCAAAUCCACACAAGUCGGUGGCCGUGCAGCGGAUUCUGAUCAAUAACCGUGAUCGACUACUGAGAUUCUUGCCCAAAUUCCUAGAAGACCGAACCGAGGACGACCAGUUCACGGACGAGAAAAGCUUCCUUGUCCGCCAGAUCGAGAUUUUGCCCAAAGAGCCUGUGGACCACACUCGAGCAACUCGCGACUCUUCGUCUGCCAACACGGCUGCUAUGGCUUGA